UACUCUAAAAUAAAUUUCGUUUUUGGAAGGACGUAUUUUAGGGCCAAUUUCUGUAAACAAACGUAGCAGAAUAUUGAUAAAAAAAUCAAAAUGUCAUUUUUAGCAAAAAUACAUGUAAUUUUUAUUUCGAGAUUAAAUAGCAAACUACAAAUUCUCAAGGUUGGAAUCAGAUUAAAUUCACAAAUUAAAGGGCCAAGGCAGAUACCACGAUUAAAACCUGCUGUUAAACAAAGCACUGGUGGAGGUAUUCCUUUGUUGAUAAUUCCACUAACUGCCUUUGGCCUGGGAACUUGGCAGAUAUUUCGUAGAGAAUGGAAACUUGGUCUCAUUAAAGAGUUGGAAGAAAAGAUGAGUGCCCCGCCAAUUCCUCUCCCUCAAAAUCUAGAGAAUUUAGAGGAUAUGGAAUACACUAAGGUAACCAUCCGAGGCAGGUUUGACCAUUCAAGGGAGCUUUUCAUUGGACCAAGGUCAGAUUACCACUCUGUAGAAACAAUGGGUGGGCAGGAGAGAGCAGCAAAAAUUGGGGUUCAUGUGGUCACACCCUUCAAGUUAUCAGACAGAGAUGAAACAAUUCUGGUCAAUCGUGGCCAUGUUACCUUCAAGAAAAGACCACCACAGCUCAGAAUGGAGGGACAGAUAGAAGAUGAGGUGGAGAUUACAGGUGUGAUUAGAAAAAAUGAUAAAAAAUCCAUCUUAGACUCAGACCCUCUCAAAGAUGGAUUCUGGCUGUCCAGAAACAUUGAUGAAAUGGCGGAGAUAGCUGGGACUGCCAAAGUUUUUAUUGAUGCAGAUUUUAAUUCAACAGUGCCAGGAGGCCCUACAGGUGGACAAACAACAGUGGAGGUGCGCAAUGAACACAUGAGCUACAUCAUAACAUGGUAUGCCCUUAGCAUCCUAACUUUCUACAUGUGGAUGAGAGCAUACAGAAGACCACGGAUCCACAGUAGCGUCCUGGAUAUGAUUAGAAAAGAACAUUCAAAGUUUUAGAUCAUGAGUUGAGUGAAUGUGAGAGAUCGCUCUGUGACUGUGUUCUUAGCUCUGUAUACAUAAACAAAAUAUUAUUUUACUACUGGAAGUGAAGCAUGGCUUGCUUGAAAGUCAGAGCAUAACAAUAUGAAAGUUUUCUCUGAGGUCUUGGAACAUGAUUACUAGCUAAAUAACAUGAGAACUAAUUAGAAAAAUUAAUUUGAGACUAGGUAGGUUUAAAUUUUUUUUCAAAGAUUUCCAAUUUUUUUUUUUUCAUCGUUAUUAUCAGCCAGUGAAGUUUUGGGAAUUAAUUCCAUUUUUGUAAUAUAGUUGACGCAAAGCCAUAGGAUAGUAUUAACCUUCAUCAAGAGGUUUCAAGAUAAUGCAUUAUUAUUGUAAAGAUCUUUUCCCCCAUAUAGUCAAUGUUUAACUGCCAACGAGUGAUAAUGUUGUAUUUCUGCUUGUAUGUUAGUGUGAAUGCUGUAAGUUGAUGACUGCCCCCCCCCCCCCCCCCCCACACCACACACCUCAUGUUAAAUGGUUCUCAUGUGGUGGGCGGUACCCUGGGCCUAUUAUUAAACAGUUGAUCACUAUAGCAGGAUAGUAAAAGGUUAAACUGUUUCUAGAAUGAAUGGGUUGAUUGAGUGAGCGGACUGAUUGUGCAUAUGUGAUGCUGUUGGUGAGUUUGUUUGACAGAAAUAAAUAUUUCUUCCUCCAUCAAGACUGUAGGAAUAUUGUUAUUCAAUAACCAUUGUAUGGAAUUAAAAUCACUUGCAAUGCUG